CGGUCGGCAACAGCGCGCGCGGGGGCGGGAAGCUGCGCCAAUCGAUGAGGCCGUCUCUCACUCCCUUUGCUAUUGUGCGGUGUGUAAGAGGAGGAAUUAAUUUUUUUUUUUUCUUUUUCGAUUCGAGUUGAAACUCGAAAUUAUAAACUAGGGCUGAAGCGUUUAUCUGUAAUUGCUCAGUUUGCGGUGUAUCUAGGCUGCUAUCUUUAUUUUCCUAUAUACACAUGGUUCUGAAACAUUUUCCCGUUUUUACAGCUGCUAUAAAACACGUAGACAACGCGACUCGAUUAAUCCUCGUUUUUCUCCGCUAUCCGUCUUCAUUUACAACAGUCGGUUAUCAGCGAGACGGGGGGGGACCGAAGAAAAAUCGUGAAUAAAAGGCAUCGACUGAAGGAAUAAAAAAAGAAAGAGAGAAAGAAACGCGUACAAAGUCUCAGCGGAGUGAAUUCAAAGAAUUCUCUCCUUGUACAUCGCGCGCGGCGUAUGACCGAGCGUAUGACUAAUCGGCUCGAUAAAAGGCCGAGCUGACGCUCCCCGUUGGCUCAUGACUCACUUUACCCACUUCUCUCUUUCUUUCUGGCCAGUACGUUUACUCGCUGCGCGUAUGGCUCGGGCUUUCGAUAGAAAAGUGCAGUUUUUUCGUAGCUUUGCUCAACUCUUGGGUUAACGAAAGAUUCUCGGAAAAUUCGAAACAACCAAUCCAGCAGCAGCAGCAGCAGCAGCAGCAGGAGCGACAAGUCGUGAGAAAAGCCGCGGAGAAAGUGCUGAUGCACAGUUAGGUUCACACCGAGAGCUGAGCCUCGCGUAUACAGGACGAUCGUGACUUAUACGGGAGAUAGGCUGAAUCCGAAUGGCCGUUGGCCCGACAACAAAGAUUUCGAGUAAGCAUCAUGUCGGAUCCAGUCAGUCCGUCCCUCAAGAACCUCCCCAAGGUCGCCGUCGACCUCAAGAGCGAGCUCGAGGGUUUCAAGACUAGCUGCAUGAAGAAGGCCGAGACAGCCGAGAAGAACGUCCUGCCCUCGGCUAAAGACGUCGCCGACGAGAAGACCCAGCAGACGCUGAUUGCCGGCAUCGAACAUUUUGAUACCUCAAGACUGAAGCACACGGAAACGCAGGAGAAGAACCCUCUUCCAGACAAAGAUGCUAUCCUGCAGGAGAAGGGUAAGCAGCAGCUUAUCUCUGGAAUCGAGAACUUUGAUCCUGCCAAGCUGAAGCACGCGGAGACGCUCGAAAAGAACCCUCUGCCCACCAAAGAAGCAAUUGCCGCGGAAAAGACAUCCGCAUAAGCCGCCAGCGUAAAAUCAACAAACAAGAAAGACAAGAUAAUAAUAAUAAUAAACGAUCGUGAUGCAGUAUCUGCGAAACUUUUCAUAUUCUUAUAUAUUAAUAUUUUAUAAUUGCUCCUUGAUGUCAGAAGGCCGGCGACGUCAAUACAAGAAAAAAUCGUAUUAAUGUAAUCUCAUGACCUACAUAUAUUCUCUCGCUCGCGCAUAUCGUAUGCUUUUUAUUGAAAGGAAAAUGAUGAAAAUGUCGAUGCCACAAUCUUCGGCUGUCCUAAAGGUGUGUCCAACGCCGCUUGAUUCGCGUCUCUCUCUCUCUCCGCGAGACUGUUCCAAAGGCGUUUUGUACGUUCGUAUGAAUUCACUCGUAACUAAUUUUCCAUAUACAUGCUCGCAUAUAUAUAUAUAUAUUUUGUAUUUAAAAAAUGUGUGAAGAAAAACAAUCGAGACUGCUCUUUUUAUAAUGAACAUUUUUAUACUGGGAGAAACUGGGUGGGUAACUCUGUCCUGAAUGAGAAUUUGUAUGCGGUUAAUAAGUAAAAGAAAAACGUCAGCUUUAAGAUGCAAAAUGUUAUUUUUCACCGUUUGUACUCUUGUGACGUCGACCUAUGCUUUAGCGUGCAAAUCAACAAUAAUUAUAAUUAUUAAAGGUGCGGCGGCAGAAAUAUUUGUGUAAGAAUAAUAUUUUAUAUAUAUAUAUCGGGCUAAUGUACUUUUUUAAUAAUCAUACACUUUGCAUUUUCAUAAAAUUAUUAUGAUGAAAUAAAAAUUAAUUUGUACGAA